CAUUGUCAUGUUUUUUUGAAUUCAUUGCGAUUUAUUUUUUAAUUUCUAACAGUUUGAAUUGCUCUUGUUUUGUACCUUUCUAAGUUAAAUAAAAAUGUCAAUAUUUCAUGGAUUCCCAGCUUUACCACCCCCCGAAGACACUCCUUUAUGUGUUGUUGAUGAAGUGUAUUGCUGUGCUAAUAGCCGGUACGGUAAUAUAUCGACGUUUACAAACGCGAUUAAAAACCACCCUAAAAUAAAUGUCACAAGAGACAUACAGCAUCACAAGAUUUCAGACGAAAACAUUUCCCUUUACGUCGACGUAGAAGAUAAUCUAUUGAAGAAAAUCACAAGCGUCUGGUAUAAACAAGGAUUUUUAGAUGCCCUCAGCUUAGCUGCAGAUCCUAGUGUUAAUCGUGAAAGUCCUUUAUUAGCGCACACCGCCUCCUAUGUUUUAAAAGUUGCCAAUCUUUUUACUGCUUUUCGAUAUUUCAUACAACCCCAUUUAAAAGACAUAGGACCAAAAAUCGUAUCUAAAUACUCGCGUUCUCGUAAUUGGAAUUCAGCCCCUAUCAAGUGUUUGGAGUGGCAUCCUCACGCAACGAAAAUCGCUGUAGCGACUGCGGACGACAACGUGCGAGUGUACAGCUCGGAUGUGGCGUUCGUCUCCGUGCUGAAGUGCAAGGCUCAGGGGCAUGUGUCCGCGCUCAGCUGGCGGCCCUACUCCGCCUCGGAGAUAGCGGUGGGCUGCGAGCAAGGUGUUAUUGUCUGGACCGUGGACCCCAACUCUAUGUUCACUAAGCCAUCUUCUAGCAAUGCUGUUGUCUUAAAAAGCUGGGGGCACAGCCCGGUGACGGACGUGAGCUGGUCGCCGUGCGGCGCGCUGCUGGCCAGCUGCAGCGCCGCGGACCCCGCACUGCUGCUGUGGGAGGUGGCGCUGGGCACGGCGGUGCCGCUGCGCCGCGUCGCCGGCGGCGGCCUCGUAUUCGCGCGCUGGUCGCUCGACGGCACCAGGCUCUUCUCCGCUACCUCCUCUAUUGUAUUCAGGGUGUGGGACACGGGCGCGUGGCGCGCGGAGCGCUGGGCGGCGCGCGGCGGCCGCGUGGCGCCGCUGGCUGCGGCGUGUGGCGGCCCUAUGCCCUGCGCCGCCGCCACAACGGUGCAAGCAAAAUGA